GGUGGAGCCUUACGCAAAUAUGGGCGACUAAACGAAGAACUACAGCUCCCACAAUUCAAUGCGUAGUAACAGCGUUACGACACGCGACUUCCGAACAUACGUGGCUUUCCCUGACACUGUGAACUAGCUCAGUGCUUGGCCUACGCUGCACAAUGGAGCUGGAGGCCAUGACGCGAUACACCAGCCCGGUGAAUCCGGCAGUGUUUCCACACCUCACGGUUGUUCUGCUGGCCAUCGGAAUGUUCUUCACAGCCUGGUUUUUCGUCUAUGAAGUAACCUCCACAAAGUACACACGGGACGUCUACAAGGAGCUCCUCAUCUCCCUGGUGGCCUCGCUCUUCAUGGGCUUUGGGGUUCUCUUCCUGCUGCUGUGGGUUGGCAUCUACGUAUGAGGGUGCUCAUAAUGCAGACGGGGAUGAAUCGGAGGUGCACGUUCCACUGGUGGCCCUAUCAAGACAACAUGGGCCUCCACUUUGGAAGUUGGGACUCUGGGUUUUCUUCACUAGGGGAGGGAUUGGGAUGGUUUGGAUUUGUUGGAGGAGUUGGUCAGUCACCAGUAAAUAAGAUUUGAUAUAAAAUUCA